CAUUGAGGACACCUUAAAAAAAUGCCACUCUACGUAAAAAAUCUCAAAUACUUCAAUUAUUUCUCCGAACUGGUCAUCCGCAACUUUAGUUUCAAACGAUCUUUCACCUCAUUGCCUCGUAAUAUCUCUGUUAUUUAUACAAAACUUAUUCAAUCCUCAACAAAAUCUACCUCUAUAAUCCAUGGCAAGCUCUGCCACGCCCACAUUAUAAAAACCGCCUUUAAUACCAACUUAUUUUUGGUAAAUAGUCUCAUUAAUUUGUACUGUAAAUGUGGCGAAAUGCGUUUCGCUUACCAAGUGUUUGAUAAAAUGCCAAAACGAAAUGUUGUAUCGUACAAUCUUUUGAUUUCUGCUUACACCCAGAUGGGUUUUUAUAAUGAGGCUAUAUAUUUGUUUAAUGAAGCAAGAAUGGAGGGCCUGAAACUUGACAAGUUCACUUAUGCGGGUGCUAUAAGUGUUUGUGGACAAACUGAGGAUCUUGAACUGGGCAAGUUGAUUCAUGGGAUGGUUAUUGUUGGUGGUUUGGUUGAACAAGUUUUUGUUAUUAAUUCGCUGAUUGAUAUGUAUUGCAAAUGUGGUGAAAUUGAUCAGGCUAGGCUUUUGUUUGAGAAAUCCUUUGAGUUGGAUGAUGUUUCUUGGAAUACCAUAAUAUCAGGUUAUGUUCGAAUUGGUGCUGUUGAGGAAGCUUUAGGAGUGCUAGUGAAAAUGCAUCGAAAUGGAUUGAAUUUGAAUACUUACACACUGGGUUGUGCUUUAAAGGCAUGCUCUACAAACUUUGAUGAUUCUGUAAAAUAUGGAAGAAUGCUUCAUGGCUGUACAGCCAAGCUUGGGUUUGGCAUGGAUGUUGUUGUUGCGACUGCAUUGCUUGAUAUGUAUGUGAAAACUGGGCAUUUGGUUGAAGCAAUUAGAAUUUUUAAUAAUUUGCCCAACAAAAAUGUUGUAAUGUAUAAUGCUAUGAUAGCUGGAUUCGUGCACACAGAUAUUGUUACUGAUGAUACUGUUAAUCGAGCCUUUAACCUUUUCUCUGAGAUGAAAAGGCAAGGGAUCAAGGCCUCAAAAUUUACAUUCUCAAGCAUACUCAAAGCCUGUAAUAUUGUUGGUGCUCUAGACUAUGGGAAGCAAAUUCAUGCUCAAAUCUACAAGAGCAACUUGCAAUCUGAUGAAUUUAUUGGAAGUUCACUUGUUGAGUUGUACUCUUUAUUAGGUUCAACUGACGAUGGACUGAAGUGUUUUAAUUUAAUUCCCAAGCUAGAUAUCGUCUCAUGGACAUCCAUGAUUUCAGCCCAUGUUCGAAAUGAGCAAUUGGAAAGUGCAUUGACUCUGUUCCACGAACUACUGGCAUCUGGAGAGAAAGCAGAUGAAUUCCUAUUAUCUACUAUGUUGGUAGCUUGUGCAGAUAUGGCUGCAGCAAGAUCUGGUCAGCAGGUCCAAGGAUAUGGAAUAAAAAGUGGCAUUGGGAACUUUACUGUUGUUCAGAAUUCUCAGAUUUGCAUGUAUGCCAAGUCUGGAGACAUAGUUUCUGCUAAUAUGACCUUUGAAGAGAUAAAUAAUCCUGAUACUGUGUCCUGGUCUAUCAUGAUUUGUACUAGUGCACAACAUGGAUGUGCAGCUGAUGCUUUGAAGCUGUUUGAGUUGAUGAAUGAUUUUGGUAUUGCCCCCAACCAUAUUACAUUUCUAGGAGUUCUUACUGCCUGUAGUCAUGGAGGACUUAUUGAAGAAGGAUUACAUUACUUCAGAAGCAUGAACAAAGAUCAUGGCCUGGUAGGCAACAUAAAGCAUUGUGCCUGUGUUGUUGAUCUCCUGGCUCGAGCAGGAAGGCUAGCUGAUGCUGAAGAUUUCAUUCUGAAUUUGGGCUUUGAGGACAAUCCAGUGAUGUGGCGAGCUUUGCUGAGUGGUUGCCGGAUUUAUAAGGACACUGUCAGAGGAAAACGUGUUGCGGAGAAAGUAAUUGAACUUGAACCAGAGGCAGCUGCCUCUUAUGUGCUUCUUUACAACAUCUACUAUGAAGCUGGAAUAGAAUUAAUGGCUACAGAAGUUAGAGAAUUGAUGAAAGAGCGAGGAAUCAAGAAGGAACCUGGUGUAAGUUGGUUUGAGGAUGGAAACAAAGUUAAUUCUUUUGUGGUUGGCGAUGAAGCUCAUCCCAUGAAUCAAAUGAUAUAUUCAAGGUUGGAAAAGAUGUUGGAGAACAGAGCCAAAUAGGUCAGAGAGAGAAGCAUUUUCUAUCUUUUUGAGCGCUGCAGAAUGAUAGACCCCCAAUAAUCAAGACUUAUAAGAGGAAGGGCAAAAGGGGGAUUGCAACACCAGCAGCUAUAAUUCAGAAGGCAACUCUGGAUAAUCAUCAUACAAACUUAGCAAAUCUGGAUAACCAUCACACAAACUUGGAAGUACAGCUGAGCAAACAAAUAAACAAGGAAGUAGCAGAUUACAUGGCCAUAAACAUAGGAGCAGAUCACACAGGCAAGGAAAGAAAUCAAGAGGAGCAUACAAUCAGGAAGGAGACAGAUUCUCAGGGAUGGAGCUGUGCGUUAAAAGGAGAAGGAAGCCGUGAGAAGGGGACAUCCAGGAAAAAAAUAUAAUUGGUUAGGUUUUGGUUUGGGGGCUUAAGCCUAGGUCAUUGGUUCACUGCCACGGCAGUGUUGGUUGUAUUUCAAUAAGUCAUUGUAAUCUGCACUAUUUCAUUCAAAUAAAGCAGUCAUUUCAUUUAUUCA